CCUUUUCCGCGGAGGUGGGAGGUGCUGAGGCGGGACCGCGGUCCGUCCUCCCUGUGCUCUCGUCUACCUCUCUCCUGGAAGAGGCGUCGGAGGGAGCGUGAGGGCUGCGAGAGCCUCCGGUGGAGAAUAUUGCAGGGGUGUCAAUAACAGGAAGAAAAUCUCAUUAUGGCACCAUCAGGAAGAAAGCACGGAGGAAAAGCCAGUAAACCAGCCCAGGAAGAUCAAGCCAUGCCUGCCUAUGACUUUCAGGAGGAACGGAAAGAGCUGAGUGGAUCAGAGGAAGAUACUAGAGAAGGUGAAACACCAGUAAUGGACAAGCAUGGAAAAAAGAGACCUCUGACUACUCAUGUGGUUCCAGAUGAUGUGGGGGGUGAAGUACAGAAUAUGCUGGAAAGAUUUGGCGCUGAUAUUAACAAGGCUCUCUUAGCUAAGAGGAAAAGAUUGGAAAUGUAUACAAAAGCCUCACUCAAAACCAGUAACCAGAAGAUUGAACAUGUUUGGAAAACACAGCAGGAGCAAAGGCAGAAGCUCAAUCAUGAGUUCUCCCAGCAGUUCCUGACUUUAUUUCAGCAAUGGGAUGUAGAUGUGCAGAAAGCAGAGGAACAGGAAGAAAAACUAGCGAAUAUGUUUCGUCAGCAACAAAAAGUUUUUCAACAGGCAAGAAUAGUUCAAAGUCAGAGACUGAAAACCAUUAAGCAAGUCUAUGAGCAAUUCUUGAAGAGCAUGGAAGAGCUGGAGAAGAGCAAUGAAAAUCUCCUAGCGGGUGCACAGAGUGAACUUCGCAAAGAAAUGGCUAUGUUGCAGAAGAAGAUCAUGAUGGACACCCAACAGCAGGAGAUGGCAACUGUUCGCAAGUCUCUUCAGUCCAUGUUAUUCUGAUGGCUCAAUGGAGAAACAACCUGUACCUAAGUAACAUGAUACAAGUAUAGGCAUUAGCCAUAGAGAAGUAUGUUAAAACUGAAAUGUUUAGAAGUUCCUAUUAAACGCUUUCAUGCAUUGUUCUAAUCUUGUGUCUGAUAAUGUUGUAAGAAUGUAUAUUAGUAAAUCUAUUACUUUGGGGGGGUGGGGGGUGGUAUGGACCCCAAACCAUUUACUGUCUGUCCAACUACUCUUUAACUACUUAAUACUCACUUUUGUUAGCACUAGACUGUUUAAAUGGUUUCAACUUUUUAUAAUGCCAAAUUGCAACAAUGGGCAGACUUAAUGAAAAAUUAAUUACGCAGAUUUUACAUAAAAAUUUAGGCCUUCAGGUACACUGUGCAAAUAGAAGCAUUUUUCACAAGCUGCAGAUGUCAAGAUUUUCAUAGUUUCAACAGUUAGUCUGCUGACAUCAGCAGUUCACAGAGUACGACAUAGCUCAUGCAAGAUUGUUUAAUGAUUUGUAUUACAGUAAAUUGAAGUAAAUUUUGUUAACGCUCCUGUUAGGCUAGGCAUUGUAAUGUCUUUGGACUAGUGAAGAGAUUUACAAACUGCCACAAUCUGGCCAAAAAGCAGCCUUCUCUAGUUGAAGGAUGGGCUGAGUAUCACAGCUUUAUAUGAUAGCUGCUCAAGUAAGCAUAAUUAAACAUUAUGCAUUUUGGGGGGGUAUGUCGUUCUUGUAGAACCACUGCUAAAAGUAAUCUAGCUCAUUUAUUCAGUGCAAGUUGUUACAAGCCAUUGAGAUGGAAUGUUACUUUUUGCAAUUCCAAAUAACAAUUUAGGGAGGCCUAAGUUUUAAGGAUACAGCGUUUAUCUUUCAUGUCCAUCAUUUCAGUAGAUCAGUAUAAAUUAAAUAAUCAGCUCAGCUUGCAUGCAGUUUUUUACAGAAGACCAUUACACCUGAAUAUCCACUUUUAGAAAUUAAGUGGUUUCUAACAUAUUUAAUGCUUAGAUUUGAUACAAUGGUAGAUAAAACAAAAACCAUCCACAUGCCCAAAUGUGAUAUUUUCAUAACAAUGUAUUUCAAAACCAGUCCAUACAGAUUCUCCUCCUCAGCUUAAUAGCAAUUUUUGAUCAGAAUCAAGUCAUUUGAUGGUUCUCCAGUUCUGGGAGCCGCAUUUGCGACAGCUAACUUACAGAAACUUGGGCUAUUAGGUUGCAGCUGAAGUUGAACGAGCACCUGGUACAGAACUCUUUGUUCUGCGUCUGCUGGGAGCGAGGGAAGGGGCAAACGCAGAAGUUGCAGUGCCAGAACGAUGCGUGAGGCUGUGCAGGCCUCUGGUGGGUAAGAGGUAACUAUGCUGACUUGUAACUGCACGGCUGAGCCUCAGCCCUCUAAGGAUAAGCAGAUGGUGCUAUGAAACACAGUUAACCGUUCGUGCUUCCCAGCUUCAGUACUAGGUUGUUUGUUAGUAUUGCCUCAUGUUUCUGGUUUUAUUUGUUAGUAUUGCAUCGUGUUUCUGACUGAUUUCUGCAUUGAUUUCCUAUAAAUCAUCCACAUUCCUCAAUCAUAGCCUCAAAACUA